CCACCCUUUGUCUGCUGACGAAGAGGAAGUGGAGACAAAGAAAGAAUCUAGGACGACUCGAAUGCUGAAAUCCGCCAUCCUCCGAUCAUCCGCCAUGACCGCCGGCGCUACUUUCUUAUCCUCGAAGCUCUCGCCGCGCUCUUCUUUCAUUUCUCUAUCGAACCCGGGGCUUCGCCUCCAUAGCUCCUCCUCUUCCUGGAGCUCGUGCCUCUUCCAUGGCGGGAUUCCAAGGGACAGAGUGUCUUUCGCCGGUGGCAGCGGUCGCGUCACGCUCCGUUGUUUCGCUUCUGCGGCUGCACCUUCUGCUGAUAGAAUCCAAGUCCAGAAUCCUAUCGUAGAGAUGGACGGUGAUGAGAUGACGAGGAUAAUAUGGAGAAUGAUAAAAGAUAAACUCAUAUUUCCUCAUCUGGAAUUGGAUAUUAAAUAUUAUGACUUGGGGAUAUUGAAUCGUGAUGCAACCGAUGACAAAAUCACUGUAGAGAGUGCUGAGGCCACUCUAAAAUAUAAUGUCGCUGUAAAGUGUGCUACGAUCACCCCAGAUGAGACCAGAGUGAAAGAAUUUGGUUUGAAGUCUAUGUGGAGGAGUCCAAAUGGAACAAUUAGAAACAUACUAAAUGGUACGGUUUUCCGAGAGCCAAUCCUUUGUCGGAACAUCCCAAGAAUCAUACCUGGGUGGAAGAAACCCAUCUGCAUUGGUAGGCAUGCUUUUGGUGAUCAGUAUCGUGCUACUGACAUGAUUAUUAAUGGGCCAGGAAAGCUCAAAAUGGUUUAUGUUCCAAAAGAUGGAGGCAAGCCCAUGGAGCUUGAUGUGUAUGAUUUCAAGGGACCAGGUGUCGCACUUGCAAUGUAUAAUGUUGAUGAGUCCAUUGAAGCUUUUGCGGAGUCCUCAAUGUUAAUGGCAUUUUCUAAGAAGUGGCCCUUAUACUUGAGCACCAAGAACACAAUUCUCAAGAAGUACGAUGGCAGAUUUAAGGAUAUAUUCCAGGAGGUAUAUGAAAAGAAUUGGAAGCACAAGUUUGAAGAACAUUCUAUAUGGUAUGAACAUCGAUUAAUUGAUGACAUGGUGGCCUAUGCACUAAAAAGUGAAGGUGGUUAUGUUUGGGCUUGCAAGAAUUAUGAUGGGGAUGUUCAAAGCGAUUUACUUGCUCAAGGAUUUGGUUCCCUUGGUCUCAUGACUUCUGUAUUGUUAUCUUCUGAUGGCAAGACAUUGGAAGCUGAGGCUGCUCAUGGUACCGUAACUCGUCAUUUCCGGUUAUAUCAGAAGGGACAAGAAACUAGUACCAACAGCAUUGCUUCUGUAUUUGCAUGGACUCGAGGAUUGGAGCAUAGGGCAAAGCUGGAUAAGAAUGAUAAGCUGCUUGAUUUCGUUCACAAGUUGGAAUCAGCAUGCAUUGAAACUGUGGAAGCCGGGAAAAUGACCAAAGAUCUCGCCCUCUUGGUUCACGGACCCAAAGUAUCGAGGGAGCAUUACCUGGACACAGAAGAAUUUAUUGAUGCAGUCGCUCAGAAUCUGAACUCCAAACUUCGGGAACCUGCCCCCGUCUAGGUGAAUUCUUUUGCAUUCGUGAUCUGUUGGGAGAUGAUUGCACAGAAACCUUUCUCAUUUUCGAGGAAGAACUCUACAUUUAUUUUUGUAGAGAGAAAAUGGCAAAAUGCGCGAAAGUUCAGAAUUAUCUAAAUAGACAGAAAUACAGUUCCUUUUUCAUUUUUUCCUCUGAUCCCCAUAAUCAUUCUUACAAAUGAAUCAAUGUAGGACUUGUUUACGAAUGAAAUAAUCCGUUGUGACCAGGGAUCAUGUUUUCUCUCAUUCAGAGAAAAACCCGAGAUGAAGUGAAAAAACUUAUUUGACA